AUGGGUAUUACCUUGUCUGCGAUCAUCAAGGAUGACGCCGAAAAUGACGCACCAGCAGAAGGCCAGACUACAGAAGAUCAGCCAACAGAAGAUCAGCCAACAGAAGAGAAAACUCCGGAUUGGAAGAAACGUCUGAUCAAUGCAAUCGGCCGCGUCCCAGUGAAAGAUUAUAUUGCAUGGAUCACGCACUCCACCACUUUCUUUCCCCGUUGCCUUGCAAAAGAAGACAACCUUUAA